AUGUCAACCCAGCAGGCCCAAGCGGGGUCGUCAUCGGACACGCUCGACGGGGCAUCCGCUCAACGGGCCGAGGAUAAUACCCCACGCGUCCAGCUUGCAUGCUUCUACUGCCGCGCAAAGCGCAUCCGAUGCAGUGGCACCAAGCCCGUAUGUACGGCCUGCGCUAAGGGAGGCGCAACGUGUGAAUGGCCGACAGGACGACGACGCAAGCGCACACGUCGGGAGAUGGAGGAAGCGCGACGUGUCGAGGCUGCCGCCACAACGUCAUCGGCUCCGGGGUCAGGCAUGACGCACUACGGGAUCAGCCCCGGCGGCGCGAACGGUGCGCCAGUCAACGCCACAUCCGUACCGCCAACGGCGAGCGGGAGCGUGCAGCCCGUCGUCGACAUCUCCAACCCAUGGGCGGGGGCAGCCAACUUUGUGUGGCCGCCUAACUUCCUUCCUGAGGGCUUCUCGUUCGACACGCUAGACCAGCCCAUCCCAGGGUUGCCGGCAGCGCAGAUGACCGACUUGUCGUCGCUCGGACCACUCGAGGGCUUCCUGAACGACAACAGUCCGGGAACGGAUAUCCGUUUCUUUCAGGCGCUCGAUGGGACGGCCUAUCUCUCCGGCGAUCUCGAGGACGACGAGGUCGAGCUCUAUUACUACCGCUUCAGCGGUACAACGGCACUCAAUCCGGGCAUCAAUCGGAUCAGCCUGAAGCUGCACCGACGUGAUGGGGUUGUCCGCGCGCCGGAGCCCGAGUCGACUGGUACACCUUCCGACCGCAGCAUGCGCCCGCCACCUGCACCGGCGGACCUGUUCGACGCGAAUGGCCUCCCGCACAAGCGGGUGUUUGACCCGAUCUUCGAAAAGUUCCUGAAGCACAUGAGCCAGCACUUUCCGUCGGUCUCGAGGCUGCGCAUGGAGGAGCGGUACGCGAGCGGGACGAUGAGUGCGUUCCUCGCGAACUGCAUCCUCGCUUUAGGUGCCCGCUUCGGCGGCGAGAGCGACGCGGACGGCGUGGCGGCCUGCGCGCCGUUCGUCGCCAAAGCACAAGAGCUCGUCAUACCCCUCCUCCACUUGCCAGCAUAUGAUGUCGCCACCGGCCUCCUCAUGCUCGCGUGGGCGAGCUAUGGGCAGAACUCGGACUCGGGGCUAUGGCAGUACUCAGGUAUGGCGAUACGCAUGGCAAUCGACCUCGGCGUGCACGAGAACUCGGAGAUGUACGAGGACCAGGCGCACCUCGUGCGCACGCGCCUGCUCUUUUGGACUCUCUUCGUCACCGACCGCGUGGUCGCGUUCGCGACAGGCCGCGCCGCCAGCAUACCCGAGGACAUCAUCGAGAUCCCUCUGCCCGAGGACACUGAUUUCUUCCCAGACCCAGCCCGGAACACGCCGCAGUUCAUGCCCGAGGCCAUCCAGCCCGUUCCCUUCGUCUACCUCACGCGCCUAAUGAUCAUCUGCGGACGAAUCAGCAACGUUCUGAACGGGCGGCGCGGGCGCGCUCGCACCCUCGUCUCGACGGACGAGCCAUUAGUCCAGCAGCUCGCGGAGCUCCAAGCCCACCUCGUCAAGUUCUACGCCAGUCUGCCGGAACAAAUGCGCUGGUCCGCAGACAACUUCAAGCACCAGCAUGGGCGCGGGCACGGUGGAACGUUCCUCGCCUUGCAUCUAUGGGCCCACGCUGUGCUCGCUCUCGUCUAUCACCCCGACCUGCUCAAGUCUCCAAGCGGCCAGGAGACGCCGUUGAACCGCAGCAUGCCACGCAACGUCAAGCUUGCGAUUGCGAGCUCGCGCCAGAUUGGCGAAUGCAUGGUCUUUGCAGACCUCGUCAGCCACAGCUCGUAUACCGCGACGCCGAUCGUCGUGCAGCCCAUAUAUGUCGCCGCAAUGGCUUUGAUUCACGAGAUGCACGCUGCGCAGGCUCAGGCACGCACGCGCACCCCGACGCCUGUCGAGUCGGACUCGCGCGACUCCAAUACACCAAUGGGGGGCGCAGCACACGCAUCACACGCCAGCGACCUCUUCCUCGUCUCCAUGGCCAAGCAGAACUUCACCGCCCUCCUGCGUGCCAUCAGCCGCGUCGAGAGUUACUGGGCGGGUGCGGGCUACGUCGCUGCCCUCCUUGAGAAACGAUCUGGUAUUGCUGCACCGGCCCGCGCGAAGAAGACGUUCAUCAGCUUACCCGACCAGGGCUUGUUGCGGCGCUUCAAGACGGACGUGCGUGACGAUCCGCGAAACGUCGCACCAGCGACAGAGACGAGUUUGCGUGAAAGCAUUGCGCGCUCGGCGAGCGGUCACAGUGCGGGACCGUCACCUGUGUGGGUCAGCGACUUGCUUAAUGGAUACAGCGUAGAGAAUAUGAGCUUUGCGCCAGCCGACCAGUUCGACUUUGCGCGACUCAUGGCUGCGGCGGGCGGCCAGCCUGGAGAGAGUUCGGAGGGGUAG